ACAUACAUUAUACAAAGAUUUGUUUCAAAAGUCUUUUUGUUUUCUAUUCCAAAAUGAAAAUAAGUGUUAAUUAAUCUUAUUUAUAGCAAGUUAAUUUCCACAAAAUUCUUACUAAAGACAUUCCAACUUCUCUCACUCCAGGAAAAGUCAUCAAUAAUCGUUUGUUGCAAUGACUUCCGAGGCUGAGUUUUUAAAGUGCUACAGCAAAAUAAAAUUGGGAUAUUCUGAAGUCAUCAAACACAUCGAUGCUUCUGUAACUUUAGAGGAGGAAGAGAAUAAUGGCGAGGCUCUGCGUAGCUACACCAAAUGCAUUGAAGCCAUCGACGCUAUAUUUGCGAUUCCAGUUGGUCUUCCUGAUAACGUGGAAUCAGUUCAAAGUCAAUGGAAUGACGCAUGCAACAUAAUCCAAAAACUUAAAACGUUUCGCUCCGAAGUAAUCUACAGGAGAUCUUGUCUCGAAUCCAAAGCAACAGUUGAUCAGUGUUCAGAAGUUUCUCCCGAAAGCGACUUGACAGAACCAACAGAAUCAGAAGCUUGUGCCACUGGCGCUACUACAAAAAUAUCACCCAAUUGUUUGACUAAAAAUUCCACACCAUUUGCGAUAGCGAACGAAUCGGGCAUUCCAAUGACGUACAGACAAAUCAUAAAAGGACUUCGUGUUGCCAUUGGCACGGAGGAGUCUCCUUUAAACUUUGACACAAUAUUUGAAUCGAAUGCAAAGUUAUACAAGAUUCAACCGAACGGAUCAGUUACUAGCGCUGAGAAUGGAACACAGCUCCAAUUGGCCAUCAUUGGUACGGAUUCACCUGAAUGGAAGUAUCUAAAUAACAUGUACUUUAUACACUGCCAAAUGACUGCCGGCACGGAACCAUCAAAUCAUGAAAUGUCUUGGGUCUAUCCACUUGUUCCUGGUGUUACUACUUGCUUCCGUACAGAGUAUGGAGCUUAUAUUUUUCCCGACAUGGAAGCCGAUGAGCCUGGUACAGCAUUUGGUAUAAUUCUUGAAGGUCAAGAACCAGAGUACAAUCAAUUCUGGUUAGACCUAAUCGAAGCAAUUAUAACUGGAGAAGUUUUGGAACUUAAAGAGGGUCCGUCACGUACUAAGCGAGAUGUUAGCACAACUGUUUCAAAGACCAUUGUUGGUACAGCAGAUUUCAUUGCGAAGAAUCUAGUGAAAGGAGCUGAAAAAACUGGAGAACUUAUGGUCAAGUCAACUCCUUAUUUAAUAUCAAAAAUGUCUCAAGCUCCUCCUGAUACACCUCCAGUUUCAUCUAAAGUUCAAACAUCAGUUGAAGUUGCGAAGAAUGUGUCUGGGGCUGCUGUAGGAGUUACUGGCUACAUAGCAGGGAAAGUUGGGUGUGCCACGAUGGCGAUAGGACGUUUCCUAGCACCGCACAUCAAAAAUCAAGGAGCAAAUAUACUCUCAGUAGGCUUCGGUUUAAGCGAAGAAGACGCACAAGAUAAAAUGCAAGGAGCAUUUACUAUUGCUGCUGGCGCAGUUGAAGGCUUCAGUACAGUUUUCAAUGGACUUGAAGAGUCAGCCAAAAUUCUAGGCACAAAUUUAAGCAACAAUUCUGUUAAAAUAAUUGAGCACAAAUAUGGACCAUCAGCAGGACAAGUGGCUUCUGGAACAUUCGAUACACUUGGAAAUGCAUUCACUGUUAGUCAGAAUGUGAAAUAUAUUACUCCUAAAGGGAUUGCAAGACGAGUUGCGAAAAGCACUGGUAAGGGUGUAUUUGAGAUAUAUAAAAAUGGACAGCGUCCAGAAUCUCAUUAUGUACCAGCUGGGGUUUUGUAUCCUGAUUUAAGUGAAUUAAAGGAACAGUAUUCCAAAAAAUAGAUACUCAUCAUAUUGAUAUUAUAUAAAACAAACAUAAAAUUGUAUUUAAUAUCAGCCAUGUUAUGGUAUAUCUGUUCAACAAAGCAAACGAUUGUACAUUAUAUCUCUCUUUGUUUAUGGUAUCCCUGUUUAAAUGGACUGGUACGACAUGGGUAUGAUAGAUAUUCUAUUAAAUAAUAGGUCAUGUUAUAUAUAUAUGAUUUAGUGCGGACGGUGAUUGAUCGGCUGAGACCAAAUUUAGUCGAGUUUUAUUUGACAUCGAUGGCUGUCUAAUAACCGUCCUAUGUUCUCAAAUAACCUACAAAAAUCUAUAACUCUAGUUUUACAUUCCAUUUUAGUGAAAAAUAACUAUAACCCUUGCUGAGAAAACUCAAGAAUGUAAACAAAGCUUUAAAACGUUUCUUUCCACGAACGAAACUUAUUUUUCGAUUAGAAAUCAUGCAAAUCGCUAAUAUAUUACAGUUUUGCUAUUUUAAUUCAGAUGCAUAUCUUAAAUGUUUUUUUUAUUUAUGAGGAACGUGAACAUAUCAAAACAAUUAAAUCAAACAGGUAUCCGGUGAUAUUUUGUACAUAUCGUAGGUGAUACAUUGUCGAACAGAUAUACACAAGGUUGAUUUAAUUUAAAAUUUCUCGAAUCUCUUGUUAAUUUAAUUAUAUUUCUUGAUUUUUACAAAUAAGAGAAAAAAUAAUAUUUAAUAUUAAUUUUGUAAUUUGUGCGAAUUAGGGAAAAGAAGUAUUGUUAUAUUUAAUUGUUAUUGUAUUGUGCGUUAUUGUUUGUUGUAUACGUGGAAUAAAUAUGUAAACUC